AGGAAAUAGGACUUUUACCACCAGGGACAUAAACCUACUCCUGGAAAUGCCCACAACUUUGAAACCCUAGUAAAAAAAGAUUAGGUUAACUUGUGCGACGUCAUUUAUCAUCUGUAACAUCAAGAUCAAGGUCUUGAUCGAGUGCCUCCCCCUCAGCAUGGCGGGCAAGAAGAAGGACAUUGAAAGUUUACUGGACAAAUUACACGACUUUUCGCCUGGGACAGACCAGUGUAAUGCCAGAUACGCCAAGGACAUCAUAGUGGACAUUUCCGAGCACCUGAGCGUGGACCUGUCGCCUGUCCAGUACGAUCUGUACUUGAGUCAGAUUUUUGGACCCAAGGGGAUAACAGAGUUUGGCUUAAAAGUUCUUGAGAGAGGGGAUUUUGUGGAUGCCAAGAGCAGCACCUUAGACUUGAUCAUAACCCUUCUCAAGAAAGAUACGAGGAAGAUAACUAAAUAUGUGGGGGAUGUCACAAAGUACACCCUAUCCUUCUACAAUGCUGAGAAGUCAACCAAGGUGUGUGCUGUUGCCCUGGAAGCUUUUUGCUUACUUCUGGAGAAAUAUUCCACAGAAGUCAGCACUUGCAAUAUUAAUUUACAUCGGUUCAUUGAAGGAAUCUGUGUCCAGCUUCAAUCUGUCAAAGGACAUGGAGUGCUGUAUAACCAACUUCGAAUCCUGGGAAUGUUGGCAAAGGUGUAUCCUGAGAAAGUACGCAACCAAUCCAACUUGAUAUUAAGACUGUAUAAGGAUCACUUAGCCAAACAUAUGGGGAAUAAGCCCAACCUGGUCGCCCUGGCAGGAGUACUUCGAGGACUGACUCUCUACCUCUAUAAUUUUCCGGAAGGAGACCAUGAUGAUCCUGAGCUGUACAAAACACUUUAUAAACGCAUCCACAUGGUCUUGAACCCCAACCUGAACUUUAACAGGAGAGAUGCACAGAGAGCUGCCCUGGAGCUGAUCCAUGUCCACGGAGACAAGUUCUCAGAGGAGCUGUAUCACCACUAUGAUUCAGUGUUCCCUUGGCUCGUCACAUGGUGCUCAUCCAGGAAUAGGGACGACUACAAGGCUGCCGUGCCAGCCAUGGAUACCUUCGUCACUGUCAUGUCGAUGCAGCUACAGCUGCAGUCAGCUGAUGACAUGAAGGCUAAAGAGAUUUUUAAGUAUUUUCUUCAAGAGUACAACAAGCUGCUUGAGACUGGAAACAGCUCAUCAAAAAUCAGUCUGGCCGUGAAGGGCUACGGCUCUCUCUCAGGAGCCUGCCUGUUACUCCUUUCCCCGCAGGAGGUUCACACAAUGUUCUUGGAGGUCCUGUCUGCCUCUCAUCAUGCCUUUUAUAAGUCCAAUGAGAUGCUUGAAGACAGGCUUUCUAGUCUGCCAAGUUAUAUUGAGUCAUUGGCUGACAUCAUUCGCAACAUGACCACAAUCAGUAUUGGCAUCGUGGAAAAUGUGCAACAGAUGGCCCUGGCCCUUGUGGAGAACUUGCCCUCUGUGUCAAUGUACAGACUGUUCCUGGCUUACCGGGCACUCUUCAAGUUGUUCUUUGUGAUGAGAGGCAAGGCUGAAUAUUUCCAAGACUUCAUACACUCCUUCGUGUACAAGUCAAUCAUUCACACCUGCUCACAUCCCCCGGAAAUCGAGCCACUGGAGAAGGAUGGUGAGUUUUGGAAGAAGUCCCCUCAGAAGUGGGAGGGAGUGAAGGAUGAAGCCGUCACCUACAGAAGCUACCUGCCACUCUGGAAAGCCCUGAUGAUGCCUGAAAAAGUGGGGAGUAUGAAGGUUCCAGGUAUGUCUGCUCCUGUGCUGACAGAAAUCAGCUCAAUACUUUACACAGAAUAUAUUACCUCAACAUUGGAAAUUGUUGAAAAAUUGGAUUUGACUACAUCGAGACAAGAAGAACUUGAGACAAAUGAUGGAAAUGACGAUGAAGUUACCACUUCAGACCCAAUAGCUGGAGUGAAUGCCAGGACUCCAAAAGACUUCCAGGUGUACAUGAAUGUCGUUGCCUUGAUGGAGGAAGUCUUGCCGCUGCAGUACAGGGAUCAGCUUCAGCCCCAUGUCAACCGCCUCUGCUGGUUCUUUAUCCGCUGCUCCUCCCAACAGCCCCUCGUGUCGGCUCACUACUCCUCCCUCACCGCAGUCCUCACAUGCACGCAGAAGAUGUGCUACUUUGAAAAGAAGGAGGAGCCUGAGAUUGAGACAUUGGUCCACCUGCUGGGCAGCUACGUGGGGGAGGUGCUGCAGCGGUGCCGGCAGUUUAGGGACCAACUCCUGGCCUCCUGCCUCACACUCAUCUUCAGGCUGCCUCUCUGCAUAGUGACAGAGAUCUUUCCCAAGCUGAUCAGUCCCUUACAAAUGGCCCUGCAGCUGGGUGUAAGUUAUUUGCCCCUCGCUGAAGUGUGUAUAGCUGCUCUGCAUGCCUGGACACGCACGCUGCCCCAUGAUACCCUCCACCAACACCUGCCGGCAGUGCUUCCUCUCCUCCUCCCUUACCUUUGCUCCCAAGAGACGGGAGAAGCUGAAGUGGAGACCAGAAUCAUUACUGUCAAAAUGGCAAUGGCAAAUCAGAGACGCAAAAUUGAUAAGAAGAAAGUGCUUGCUGGCAAACAGGUUGAUGACACAGCAAUGAAGAAAGUGCAGUUGUCAAUCCUGCAACUUAUAGGUGGCCUGAACCCCAGCCUGGGUCAGUAUGUGAUCCCCCAGGACCCGGACUCCCUGGCUGCAGCAACUGUGCGUUGGGAUUGCCAGAAGCACAUCAGAUUUGCUCUGCCAUUCAACCAAACCAAAAUAGACAUACACCUAGAUGAUCUCCUCCCCAGAGUUGUGGAUCUCGCUUUAAAUUCAAGUGACAGACAGACAAAAGUUGCAGCCUCAGAACUCCUCCAUUCCACCAUUAUUGUCAUGAUUGGCAUAGGUUCUCAACAGCAGCGAGAGGUCCAAGAGGGGGACUCCAUGGCCCUCCUGUACCACCACAUUUUCAAGGCCAUGCUGCAGCUUGCCUGUGACCCUGACCAGGUCACUCGCCAACUCUUCGCCACACUUGCCUUCCAGACCAUCCACUGGUUCACCAACAACACUAACUACGAAAACCCAGACACUGCAGUGCUCUUGGAAGCCAUAAUGAGUGGAAUAGUGACAGCCAACAAUCCAGCCUUGAGGGACAUCAGUGCACAGUGCUUGGCAGAGUUUGUCAAGUGGUCACGCAAACAGUCCAGAGGGAGGGACAGUGCAUCGCUGAAUAUCAAGUCUAUACUUAAGAGGAUCUUUUCUCUCUGCAAGCAUCCAAGUGCCUUCAAGCGCCUAGGUGGGUGCUUGGCCUGGAACAGCAUAUACCGGGAGGUGAGAGAAGAUGCCACUGCAGUUGACAUCUGGGCUCUGGAAAUACUGAAUCACUUGAUGUUGGCCUUGAACUUGGCCCAGGCAGAUGACCCAGCCUUGGGCACCCAUGAGCAGACCAAACAGGCAAUUCUACACAUGAAGCGCAUCCUUGUAGUGAAGAAUGAGUUGUUUUGGAAGAAUUCAUCCAAACGUCGCACUCCAGUUGACUUUGAAGGCGGGACUUUUGAGGAUGUUCUGGUGUGGCUUCUGAAGCAGAGUGGCAGCCCCAAGACCCUGGUGAGGCACACAUGUAUGGAACUCCUUGAGACUUUGGCCCCUCAUGCUAAAAACUGCACAUCAAUUCAUGCCUUUGUUGGGAGGCAGCUGCAACAGCCAGACAGUGCUGAGCAACUGGUGCACAUCAUUGAGGGAGGUGGACAGUCAGGGCUUGGCAUCCUGGACCAUGCACAACCAUCCACGCUGAAAAUAUUUUUAGAGAGUCUGUUAGCUGCACUUGAUGGCUACAGUUGGUUGAUUGGGAAAGGCAUCGUUCAAGCAGAAAGACUAUUGAAAUGCAAGAAAAGCAAGAUAUUCCAGGCCUCUUCUUUCUUUCUCAAAUACAUGGCAGUAUCUUCCUUACCUGACUAUUUGAAGAAUACUGCCAAUGUGUCUGAAGGAGAAACUUUGAAAACUCCACUGGAAUAUGAAACUCUGACAAAGAUGAAGUGCACUGUGGUAGUGAGGCUGCUAGACUUUAUUGCUGUGUUGCUGGUGGAUGGAGCGCAGUCUGUAAACCUUCUUGGUGAGUUUUCUAUAUGGACUGACGACCUGUAUCAGUUAGUACUCCAGUGUGCUUUGGAUCCAGCCAGUGUUGGCUUUGACAUUAGAGACACAGAAGUGACGAAGCACUUACCGUCACGCUUGGAGGAAGUAUUAAAUGUCAUGAGAGUAAAGGUUCCUGGGCCAGUGUCUGAGGCUUUCAUCCAGUUUCUUCAGAAGUUUUUAGAGGACAGUUCCCACUUUGAUGCAGUGAAAAUAUUUAAAUCACCGUUAGCAGGACCUGUGGAUGUGUCUCUGAAGAAUCAACAUGGCAUUGAAGGCUUGAGGAUUUUGCAGAAGAGCGGAUGGCUGAGAAAGUGUCUUGAGGUACUAGGAGUUUCGGCCUCAGAGAUGGUGGGUUGGGUGUGCGGCAGCUUGUUCUCGGGUCAGGGAACAGAAUUGACAGCAGUGUCUCCUCGUCCAGCCCAUCUUCCCUUCCUUUGGGCUGUCCUGGACCUUGCUGUUGCUCUUGAUUAUGGGGUACAACAGCUCUUAGUGAAGCAAGUUACCGACAUGGAACUUGUGAGGGUUGGCAGUCGACAGCAGAUUCAGAAAGGAUUCCAUCUUUUAAAUAUCCUUGGCCCCAAGAUAAUACCACACAUAUUGCCGUGCUGUGACCUGGUUUUGACCACAUUGCUGGACCUCAUUACGGAUGGAAACUUUCUUGAUGUGAUGUGCUUCAGUGGCAUCCUGCUCAGCACUCUCACAAGGAACGCUGACCUUCGGAAAAAGUAUUCAGAAAAGGUGGUCCAGGCUUUCCUUCACCACUGGUCCGUGUUUUCUGCCGAAGCUGGAAAGUCUAGCAUGUACCAAGAGUCAGUUUUGGACUUGUUAUCCUCCCUCUUCAUAGUAGACCGAGCAGGUCUAGUCAAGAAACAAUGCCAACAUCAUGACAGUGGCAUUUUGAGCUUCUACCAAAGUCUGCUGCUGGAAGAUAACACACCACUCAGUAUAAGAAAUAAGGCCUUGAAGCUGCUGCCAUUUUUCCUCACCAUGUCACCACAGGUCUCUGAAUCUAUCUGUGAGAACCUCCUCAUCCUCAAGCACCUCCCGCUGCAGUCCUCUGAUUUCCCUGCUGGUGGAGCGCGUGACCGAGACCACCAGCAAACCCUCACUGAAAUGCUGACUGCCCUGGAACUCUCACUGUCACUGCAGCUUUUGGUGUGCAUAGUAAAACUCUAUUGCCGUGAAGACAAGCACCGUUAUGAUGAAUUAUUCAGGGAGUCACUGGAAAAGUUCAUCAAGCAGCAGCCAGUUUCAAAGCAACUUGAGUGUCUGAAGUGUGUCUAUGACAUGUUUGCCAACCCAUCAAAUGUUUCUCAGAGUAUGAGAUAUAAUAUUAUGGACAAGGCUUUGAUCCCCUUCCUGCAGCUUGCUGAUAUGUCGGCCACAGUUUCCUUUUACUUAGAGUUUAUUAAGCCUGUCAUGGCAGGGAUGUCUGUGGUCAUUUAUGGAACAAGUCAAGAGCAGCUCAGCUUGUUGGUCACAAAGACUGGAAACUUUAAGAUGUUGCAAGUCAUGUUUUCACGACUUCCUCGGGAGAAAGUCUUUCAUCCUGGUUCUGAGAUAAGUGCUGCAUACAAACCUGGCGAUGCAAUGUGGAAAGAGAUGACCAAGGUAGUUUUACUAGAGUCAAGAAAAGCUUCCAAGGGAGACCUGAAGCAUGAUGCAACUCAAGCAGAAUUCAGAAGACUAUGUGCUUGUGCUGCAUACAACACUACUAUUGCAGUUCUGGUUUGUGUUAAAGAUGAACUCAAGUUCUACACUGACUUUCUCUUCUAUGAAAAUCCUGCUAGAAGGGAAGUUAUUUGGGACAGCCUCAUUGAUUGUAGUAAGACUUUCCAGUUUGACAUUGAAGUUGACUUUAACCCGUCCCGCAAGAGGCGAUUUGUCACUGUAAGAAGGGAACUUGAAAAAGACAACCAGAGCUCCGCUGCAGGAACAGUCCAGUACUUGGCCUCUCACUACCUCGACGACAGCAGCCUGCGUGAAGAUGUCAGCCAGUUUGACUUCAGCAAUUCUGUGGUCCUGGCAAUGUCUCAGAAAGAAGGCAGUCAGCAAAGGAUCACCUCAGCCAAGGCAGGUACUGGUGAGCUGCAGACGAUGGUACUGGAGCAGAAUGACUUUAAUGACCAUGAGGUUAUGGCCAACCUGACAGCAACUGUUUACCAUUUGGUGGAUGCCAAGAUCAUGGAGCUUUAUCAAGGGGAUAUGGCACCACCAAUUGCUGUAGUCCCUUCCUGGAUGACACUCAUUCUGCAGAAACUUGAUAACAGAGAAACGCACAGAAAUGUGAAGCUGUUUUUGCUGCGCCUGAUGAUGAAUACUGCAAGUGUGUUUGCUCCAUACGCUGUCCACUUCAUCAUGCCAGUCCUCUCCUGCUUAGUGGACGGGACCACUGGUGACAGAAUCAACUAUUUCUUUUGUGACCUGGUUGUCAUGGUGCUGGGCUGGGGCAAGAAGGUAAUAUCUCAAGACAGCACUUAUGCAAGAGCCACAGCCUCAAAAGUCCUUGAGUUUCUCUGCAGCAACACUCCACACAACAGGGCAGAUGUUUUUAAGUACAACAUUGAUGUUGUCAGGUCGGUGGUAGAGUGCUGGAAGACAUUGAUAACAGUUCCAUAUGGAGUCAUCUAUUCCUUCAUGGAGGUGAAAGAUGGGAGGCAGAGGGAGCAGGAGGCAAGCUUGCACCUUUUAGGCAUCAUGCUGGCCAACAACAUUGCUCCCUACACUGAAGGAUGCCAGGCUGAAAAGACAAGGUGUGAAAAGUUACUGCUGAGGUUGCUUGACGCCCACUAUGCCUCUGUGUACGGUGCUGCGGCCGAGGUGGUGGGCCUUGUGCUGAAGUAUCAGGGCACUCACCUGGAAGGUACACCCCACUCCACAGAACCUCAAGACACAUCAUGGCAAAACAGUGUUGUGUCAAAACUUAUGGAUGUUUUGAUCUCCAAUGAAGGGCAAGGCAUCACAGCCAUCUAUAAGAUACACCUCCAUUUCCCGGCGAUCAUCAGCAAGUUCUUCAAUAAAUUCCUGAGUGCCUUGCCACGCUUGUAUGGAAUCUUUCGCACCAGAGUCUUGGAGUGUUUGGUAUCUCAUUUAUCAUCCGUGGAAGAUGUCUUUUCAUACCUCAAGGAACAAAAUAUAUUGGGACUGAUGGAAAAGAGAGAGGAGUCCACUCAGCUGGUGUGCCUUGAACUGGUGAAUUCUGUGCUGCCUUGUCUCAGCGCAUCACAGCUGUUGUAUUUCCUGCCUGAAGUCACUGCCUUCUCCUCACAUCCAAGUGCAAAGUGCCGGGAAAAUAUGUAUAAAAUUCUAUUUUGGGUGUACAAUCACUGGAAGGCAGAGUUGGAGAGUGAAGGCAAACCGAUUGAAGUGAUGGCACGAGUUAGUCUGUUACAGGCCAUGAGGGAGAAAGACGCUGCACUCAAACAAUCUGUCUUCAAUUUCUGGCUGGAACAGUUCAAGAGCCUUUCCCCCCCUGAGCGUGUCCUCCGCAUCCUGCAGAAGGUAUACAGCCCUGAGAGUGAGGAGUCCUUCCUGGAACUGGCAAUGUAUAUUCUCUUGGAAGAGACAAGGUACUCUGCAGAUUAUCAGAGAGACAUCUUUCAACAUCCACUUACUGUCUGCAAAUUCAGGGAAAUGAGAGUGAGCACUGCCUGGAGGGCUCGUCACGCCUCCAUGAUCCCACUCUUUAUGGAGAGUCAGAGCAGCAGCGACGCAUCCCUGAGGAGCCUGACCCAGGGAACUGAGUCAGAGGAUGACACUGAUGCUCCAAGAGGGGUGGAGGCGACACAGAGCAAAGUCUUCUCUGCCACACAGCAAACAGGUGCAACCUUUAACUGGGUCACAGAAUCAACUUUCAACACCUUGGCAGCUGACAAAGAGUAUGAGGCCACCCACGCACCAGUCCAGACUUCUGCGGCUCAACCCAUGUUCACUGUUGGUACAUCUGAUUCGGGGCAACCACAGUCAAAGCUUAUAAGGAGGCGCUUCGUAAAGGAGCAGGAUCGGGAAAAGCAACACCUCUAUUUUGCCAAGCUAGAGGAACGGCGCAGCAAGAUGAGGGCAACUCUUGAAAAAGAAAGAAAGUCCCGCAGAGAGGCCCAGGUCACGCUGUACAGGCAGUACCGUGUUGGCGAGCUGCCUGACAUUCAGAUUCCUCACCGGGCAGUGAUAGCCCCCCUCCAAGCUUUGUCGCAGCGUGAUGACAAGGUGGCCCAGAUGUUGUUUUCUGCAGUGGUGCAGGGAGUGGUUGACAAUGCCCCUACCUUUCUGUCACCCGGAGAAAACGACAUGUGGAAACAGGAGAUCAGGGAAUCUCUCAACACAAUCAUCUCCGAGAGCUAUACCAGCCACCCAGACGUGCUCAGGGCUCUCCUUCAUAUUGUUAUUGAUAAUGACAUCCCAGUCGAUCCUAAGGCUCUGGCUACUGCCUGCCACAGUGGUCACCUGGAAGCUCUGGGGAUAUUAGUCCUGGAAAGGCAAGUUUUGGUGUCCCAGAGAGAACAAGAGAGGAAUCUAUCCCCCCCUGCAAAAAGGCAGAGAACCACCGUACAGAUUGCACGCCCAGAUACGUCAGCAUGGAUCAGCAUUGCAGAACUGUACAAGAGCCUCGGCAUGUGGGAUGUGGUGCGAGGCGUGGUGCACGGGGGACUCAGCAGAAUCAAGCCAGAAACCAAAGAAGCCUUGGAAGCUGAGGCCAGUAAUGACUAUGUGGAGGCCUUCACCUUGUACCGCAGGGCUCUCAGCAAACACUGGGACGAGGAGCCGGAGCAAGCUGAGAUUCAGCUAUGGGAGGAAAGCUAUGCAUCAUGUGCAGCCAUGCUUGGUCAGUGGUCAGAACUAGAAGGCUUUCUGCAGACCCGCAUCCUUCAUGAUGAGGCAGGACAGCCAUCUCUGGAUUGUGUCUGGACACUCCCUAGGCCUACUGUGAGUGUCCUUCCUUCCAUUGUUAACUCAAAGCUCAUGAACAUCUUGGAUGGCUCUGAGUCGGACAAUAAUUUAUUUGCAUUCGUCAAUGCUGCUCUUGGGGAACCAGAAAAACAAGUCAUGUUGGAAAACACUCUACCCCUUCAGUUAGCUGUCAUGUCAGUGCACCAGCAGAAGAUACCACAAGCUCGUCAUUAUGUUACUGUAGCCACAUCAAAGGCGCUUCUCACUCUUGCUCAGUCCUCUCUGGUGAUCACUAAACCCGUCAUAGGCACCAUAAGAGAUAUACAGCUGAUCACAGAAUUUGAAGAAUUUCUGAAGACAUUAGAUCAUGCUGACUGUGACAACUACCCAACCAAAGUGAGACAGACAGUGAGGAAUUGGAGAAAUCAAGCAACAAGUGUCACUGACAGUUCAUUCUUGAUGCAAUCCUUGUCAUCAUAUAGAGACUUAUACUUUCACUUUUUAGAAAAGGAGUUGCCUCAGGAUUGCUUGCAGGAUAUUCAACUGCUCAUCAAAGAUACAAAAGCUUCUCUUCAUAAGUCUGUUAUCAACACUGCUCUCAAAAACAAAAAUUAUCACUUGGCCAGCAGGCAUUUGAAAAAGUUGAAACCGCUGUGUGAAAACGAAAAAGCCCUUGCACAGGUUUACUUUUUCAUGACGGAGAUAACUGUUCAAAGAAGUCACAGCAGACACCAGAACCCCUUGCAGGCCCUUGUACAAGGUUGGUCCAAGUGUCUGGGUAAAGUCCAUGCAAUGGCAAGCAUACAGCAGGAUGUUGCAACCCAGAUUGAAUUACUCAAACUAGAGAGCUCCUUGAGCAUGGAAGUUGUUGAAGCCAUAAGGGCAAUGGGUGACAGCUGGGAUGAAGAUGAUGAAUGCAUAAAAACCUUAUUUAAUAGAUUACCCAAUGCAAGAGAAAAGUCUGGGCUGUAUAGAGAACUUCUUAGAUUGAGUUAUGAAAACCUGCAAACAGCCAAAGAGCAUGCAGACCAACUGAACACUGUUAAUGAAGGGGUGAAAGAUCAAGGUAAGGAUAUGUACAUGACCUUAGCCAAGUACUGUGACAAUUGCCUAGAGAAGUGGAAGGAGCAUGUUGAUACUGUUGAGUAUGCAGAGUCCCUGGUGGUCUCUGUGCUAAGGGCUAUGGCACUAGGAUCCCAUGAGGCACACUUCUACUUCCCACGCCUGAUAAACUUGAUGAAUGAGAACCCAAACCUGGUGGAAGUGUUCAAGAAGCAAGCUGGAAGUGUUCCUGUGUGGAUGUAUUUGCUUUGGAUAAAUCUCAUCCUUGUGUAUGCCGACAAGUCUCCAAGUGCAGCAUUACAGCCAAUCAUUGAAGAGCUGGCCAAGGAGUAUCCUCAGGCUGUCGUCUACCCAUUCAGAAUCAGCAAGCAGCAGUAUAACUUCACAGGUGAUGUUGGAAGGACUGCCAGAGCAAUGUGUGAGAGAGUUGAGUCUCUGCUUUGUAAAAACAGUCUGCUGCAUCAUUUUGCUACUGCCAUGUCAUUCAUAGUUGUACCAAGUGUUGCCCUCAAAGAGUCAUUCAACAAACUUUCCCGUCUGACAGAGAAAACAGACAUUGAAAUUGGGUUGAAAAAUAUAAUAACUAAUUACUUGCAGGUAAACAACAGAUCUAAAAGGGGUUUGCCAGAAGAAAGAGGAGAAGCAUUUUGUAAAGAUGGCAAGCUUGUAAAAAAUGUUGAUGCAGCACUAACCAAAGUCUUUGGGAAAAAUUUGGCAAACUUUGAGAAAAUGUCAGUUGAAGACAUAAAAAGUAAGGUUAAAUAUACAAGAACUGUAAUGAAUCAGGAUUCAAAGGAAAAAAUUCCAAUCCAACUGAAGACUUACUCACCUUGGCUGGCAAAUUUUCAGGCCUCAAAGCAUUCUGACUCCCUAGAAAUUCCUGGCCAGUACUCAGGAAUGUCAAAGCCUUUGCCAGCCUACCAUGUCAACAUCUCAAGCUUUGAUGAUCAUGUGGUGCCAAUGAAGUCACUUCGUGUCCCCAUAAGAAUAGUCAUCAGAGGAAGUGAUGAAAAAGAUCACAAAUAUUUGGUGAAGUGGGGCGAAGACCUUCGAACAGAUCAGAGAAUGCAGCAAGUCUUUACACUAAUGAACUCUUUGUAUUCUACCUCCCCUUUGUGUGCACACACCUCCUUCCUCCCAUCCCUGGACACUUACCAGAUUGUUCCCCUCUCCUUGGAAGUUGGUAUACUUAAAUGGGUGGAAUCUACUCAGCCUUUGAUGGAAUUCAUAAAAAGUUCCUUUAGAGAAGGGGAAGCAAAAUGCUAUGAAGAAGCCAAGGAGUUGUACAAAAAAGGAGGGUCAUGGGAACUUGGAAGAAAGCAAGUAGAAGAUAAGGGAGUUGUGAAGAGGUAUGUGGAUAUUGUAAACAAGAUACCUUGGGACAUCUUGCGACGUGGUCUAGUAAGACUUUCAAACAGCAGUGAAGGUUUUUUUUCUUUGCGCAGUGUAUUUGCCAACAGCUACGCCACCAUGUGUGUGUCCCACUGGCUUCUUGGGGUGGGUGAUCGCCACUGUGGAAACACCCUGAUCAGCUUAAAAACUGGAAGAGCUGUGGGCAUUGAUUUUGGACACCACUUUGAAUCAAGUGUCCAGUUUCUUCCAGUUCCUGAACUGAUGCCAUUGAGACUAACUCCUCAGAUUGUGAAUGUUUUCCAGCCAUUAGGUCAUGCCAGCAUGAUGAAAGAUGUGAUGGUAGCUGUGCUGGGAGCUCUUCAGGAAUCACGUCAUGUACUUCUGGCAAUGCUAGAAACCUUUGUCAGGGAGCCAACAAAGGACUGGCUAGAGUUUGUAAGGAUACAAGAAGGGGAUUUGGCUGGAAGCGUAGUUGAAGUGUUUUCUGAGGAACGUAUCAGAUGCCUCAAAGGAAAGCUCAGUGGCCUUAAUCCUGCACAUAUUACAGUGUGGGCACUCUCAAAGAAUAAGUCUGCUAGUAAGGAUAGUACUGUCCUGAGUGGCUUAAAGGAAAUAGUUCUGGGUACAACUUCUGAGACUACACGUGCAGGUAUGGGAAAGGAUGGACUGACAGUGCAUCAGCAAGUGGAUGCCCUCUUGGAGCAGGCAACUGACCCAAAGAUUCUUGGGCGGACGUGGCUGGGUUGGGAGCCUUAUUUGUAGUUUAUACAAUAUCCAGUACAGGUAUCUCAUUAUUAUUAUUGAUUUAUUAAUUUAUUAAAGCAAGUUAUAUUAAAUCUAACACAGAUGAAUUAAGUGUGUGGAUGUCUGGUUCACAGUUUGAAAGAAAAUCAUAUGAAAAGAAAUCAUUAAAUUAUAAAUCUGACAUGGCUAAAUUAGCAUGCAGAUGUCUUGUUUACAAUAAAGACUUUUGCAUUUAAGGGAAGGAAACAUGUCAUACUAUUUUGUAGUUCUUGACAUGUGGAAUGGUCAUUAGUACUUAUUAUGUGUAUUACAUAAUAGAAUAACCCCCUCAAUUCAAUGGACCAGCUUUUAACAGACUUUAGAUUUAACGGUCGAGGUCAGACAGUCAGAAAUCCAGUUACCAACUGAGAAUAGUUUUUGAACUGACCACACCCAUUAACUGCAAUAGCAUUUGCUAGCCAUUUUGCCCUCCUCCCUUUAUCUGAUUUCUCAUCUUUCAGUUACAUUAGUUCAAACCAUGGUUGCCGAUGUUGGUAAGAAUGUACCAGCUUUGAUCAUUUUUGUCUCAAGUACAUUUGAUAUGUCUUUUUUAGCCCACCUGAUAGAACAUUUUCCUUCUUGUGGUUCCCAUUCAAAUGCAGAAUGUAUUUACACCCCAAAAAGUCUUAUUUAACAGUCCAGGAUGUAAAUGUAAUGGGAAAUAGCAAAGUAUUUGUGAGUGUCGAUGUAGUGUUUAGAGCAACGCAUUACAAUAUUUAUGAAAGUUGGGGAGAAUAGCAGUGCUCUGUACCUUUGCUGCCAUGGUGAUGGGUGGCCUCCCACACACCAAUAUAGUAAGUUUUAAUAUGGUGCCUUACACAUGCGUACUACAACUGACACACACACACACACACACACACACACACACACACACACACCAUCACCAUCACCAUCACCAUCACCACAAAUGCCCCCUAGUCGGACUCCCCCUUUGGUUAUAGUCUUUGGAGAUGUCUCAGUAACUCUUCCUCCUUUAUCUUUAUCAACUUAGCAACAUUUGCAGACUUUCCAUUCUGUGGAACACCAUUUCUUUGCCUCUAGACCUCACUUUCUCUUCCUAACCAAAACCCAGGUCCCUGAGGCUACUGACAGUAAUCUCUUCUCAGUUCCCUCCUACUAUCUCUAUCCUAGCUUUCAAAGCUGAAUGUUAUAUUUAUGCACGCAACGACAUCACUUGCUCUUGACUCUUCAGAAUUCCCCACCAUCUGGCUAAGAAUUGUCAUUUUAUUAUUGAAUAUAUCUGUGCAGUUUAUCUCUCACCUAGCUCUACCAACUGUAAAAUUCUUUGACUAUUUGAACUCUAAAGUGGAGCACAUCUUGACCCACUCUCUCUUCACUGAAAUCUCCAUCUUAGGAGAUCUUGGUGUUCACCACCAGCUUUGGCUUUCAUCCUCUUUCACUGAUCAGCCUGGUGAACAAGCCUCCUCAAUGAACUUGAGAAGUUGGUUCAGCACCCUACAUGUACUCCUGGCCACCUUGGAGACACAACCAACAUUCUAGACCUCUUCCUAACCUCUAAUCCUUCAGCUUAUUCUAUUAAAUUGUUCACUCUGUUGAGCUCCUCUGAUCACAACCUUAUUUCUGCAUUCUGUCCUAUCACUCCUGUACAGGCUCUGGACCCACCAAGGAGGUGGUGCUUCUGGCAUAUCGUUUCAGCUCAAUGGGAUGACCUGAGGAUGUACUUUUCCAAUUUCCCAUGGAAUGAUUACUGCUCCCAGGAGAGACCCCUCUGUGUGUGCCCAGCGCAUGAUGGAGGUGAUUGUCUCUGGAAUGGAGGCAUACAUUCCACAUACUUUCUCUACUCCUCAUUUUAAAAUGCCUUGAUUCAAUCACGCUUAUUCUCAUGCUGUCAAAGAUAGAGAGGCAGCUUACAAAAAGUACUAGAAACUUCGCAUUCCUGCUAAUCACGACCUCAACAUUCCAGCCUGAAAUCAUGCCAGAUUUAUUCUUCAACUUACCAAGAACACUUUCAUCAACAGAAAUUCCAACUCCUUGCUUUUUCUAAUUCUUCCAAAGACUUCUGGCACAUAGCCAAAAUAUAUCUCUUAACAAUUUAACUUCAUUUUUUCCUCCUCUCCUUAAUGCUGACAGCAGCAUAGCUGUCACAGCUGUCUCAAAGGGUGAACUCUUCACUCAGAUUUUCUCUAAAAUCUCCACUCUGGACGAUUCUGGGCAUAUUCCUCCUACUCACCCCCCCUCUGACUCCUUUAUGCCUGUUAUUAAGAUUCUUAAGAAUGAUGCUUUCUGUGCCCUCUCUGGCCUCAAUCUUGAGAAGGCUUAUGGGCCUGAUGGAGUGCCUCCUAUUUUCCUUAAAAACUGUGUUUCCGUGCUGACACCCUGCCUGGUCAAACUCUCUCGUCUCUGCCUUUCAACAUCUACCUAUCCUUCCUGCUGGAAGUAUGCCUAUGUACAGCCUGUGCCUAAGAAGGGUGACCAUUCCAAUCUCUUAAUCUACCAUCAUAUAGGAUUACUUUCCUGUCUUUCUAAAGCUUUUGAAUCAAUCCUUAACCGUAAAAUUCUUAUGUAGUGCGGCGACUAUGCCUGAUGAACGAGCCUCCCAUAACCCAUUUAGCCUGUGGGGUACCUCUUUGGCCGACUCGGUAGGGAGUGGCUCUCUCGCCAUGCUGGUCACGGGUUCAGUCCCAGCCCAGGCAGCUGGCGAAUACCCUCUCCUGGUCUUGAUUAAUUUCUCAUGUGUUGUUUGAUACACGCAGAGGUCCUGUAGGAAAAUAGAGAAAAUAGAAAAUAAGCUCUCAGGGCAACACACUUAAGCAUCUAUUUGCUUCUGAUCGUCUGUCUGAUUGCCAGUACAGGUAACUCUCGAUUUACGCGUUUUGUAAUAAAGCGGGGUCCAAAAUCCAAAUAAAUGUUUAAUUUACACGUUUUUUUCACUUAUACGCGAUAUUUUAUGGAUGUCUCACACGACUGGACUCACACGGCGCCGCGGCCAUACAGCUGAGCUCAGUUCUUCCUGCGCGCCACUUGAACAACAAUACAGUACCCAUGCUGCCACGCUACUCAACAAUAGGGGUGGACAGGUACCGGUACCAGUACCGGUAAUAACGGUACCAGCUAUACGGUACGGUACCGAUACCAGACUGCUCAGUACCAAUACCAAUACUAGCCAGUCGCACAUGGUGUCCCUCAUUUCUUCCUCACACAAGUAAGGCUGAAACCGAGUGCCUGAGUGGAUAUCUCUGUGAUAUGUCUCUCUCUCUCUCUCUCUCUCUCUCUCUCUCUCUCUCUCUCUCUCUCUCUCUCUCUCUCUCUCUCUCUCUCUCUCUCUCUCUCUCUCUCUCUCUCUCUCUCCACUGAAUGAAGUGAAUAAUUAUUUUUCGAUAGAAACCUACCUCUUGUUUGAUUUACAUUGUUUUUUAUUUACGCGACCUCUUCAAGGACAUAAUACUCGCGUAAAUCGAGAGUUACCUGUAUAGGUUCCGUAGGGAGCGUUCUACUGGUGAUCUUGCUUUCUUAACCUACUCUUGGUCAUCCUCUCUUAGCCAUUUUGGUGAAACUGAACUUUUGCUAUUGCGCUAGACAUAUCAGAAGCCCUUGAUAGGGUCUGGCACAAAUCUUUGCAUUCCUAACUACCCUCCAUUGCAGGGCCGGCCCUAGCAGGUGCAGGGCCCAAUGCAAAAACCCAUCUUACUGCCAUUUAGUGCGGUCAAACAAAUACAAAACAAUACAAAAUGAGGUACAUAAAUGAGAAAUGUCACCAAUGUAGUUGUCACAGUUUUGAUGAAAAAUGCAAAUUUUAUAGGAAUAUCUUACAUGACUUGGCAAAUGCAAAGUCAUUUAUAAGCUCUUCAGCUCUGAGCAAGUGUUACAGACCUCAUAACAUAUGAAUGACAUCAUCCCCACGGGGCCCUUAGUGGCGCGGGGCCUGAUGCAGUUGCAUCAGUUGCAUUGGCCUAGGGCCGGCCCUGCUCCUAUGGAUUCUAUACUUCUCUGUGUACCUUUACCUCCAGUUUAAUUUCUGGCUGAUCUAUCUCUGCUGUGGCAGAUGGUCACUGUUCUCCCCCCUAAACCUUUCAACAGUGGUGUCCCACAGGGCUCAGUCCAAUCUCCCACUCUAAUUCUGUUGUUCAUUGAUGAUCUUUCCCAAACAAACUGUCCUAUCGCCUCAUACACCGAUGAAUCUACUCUGCACUAAUCAGCUUCUUUCAACAAAAGACCCUUCCAACAGGAAAUACAAGACUCCAGACUGGAGGCUGCAAAGCUCUUAACCUCAGACCUUGGUAUCAUUUCCAAAUAGGGCAAGAACUUUGUGUCCUUCAGUGCCUCAAAAACUCAAUUUCUCCACCUGUCAACUCAACACAAUCUUCCAAACACCUUUCCCCAUCCUUUGAUAAUACUCAGCUAUCACCUUCUACACUAAACAUCUUCAGUCUAUCCUUUACUCAAAAUCUUAACUGGAAAGCUCUCUCCUCUCUUACUAAAUCAGCUUCCUCGAGGUUGGCCGGCCGUUCUGUAUCAUCAAUUAUUUUCCCCCUCCCAAAUGCUAUCCAUAUACUGGGACUUUGUCCACCUUCAAAUAGAGUAUGCAUUCCAUGUAUGGUGGGGCUCCACACACACAGCUCUUUGUCUCAACUCCCCUCCUCUUACUGAGUCUUCUACCUCUUCAAUUUUGCCACAAUGUUGCCUCUCUUUCUAUCUUGUAUCAAUAUUUUCAUGGUGACUGCUCUUCUGAACUUGCUAACUGCAUGCCUCCCCCCCUCCUGCAGCCCUGUUGCACAAGAGUUUCUAUUCUAGCUCAUCCCUAUAUAUUCUCCAAAUGCCAUAUGCAAGAGUUAAUCUUCAUUCUUUCCUUCCUUUCACUGGUAAACUAUGAAACAGCCUUCCUCCGUCUGUAUUUCCUCCUGCCUACAACUUGACCUUUUUCACGAGAAGAGUGUCAAGAAACCUCUCCCUCAAAAUUGAUCUUUCUUUUAGCCACUCAUCUAUACUUGCUUUUAUUGGAGCAGUGAUUAAUGGGCUUUUUUAUCAUUUAUUUUUGCCCUUCAGCUGCUUCCUGUACUGGAAAAAAAAUGUAUGAUGAUCAUAUUUUGAAAAUGUAGGCUAUACUAUUUACAUGGUUUGCAACAAAUGUACAGGUCCUUAUUCAUAACACAAAGACUCAUUACAGUUUGUGCACUGCUGAUUUGUAAGUUGGUAAUAUAUAUAUUUUUUUAAUUUAUUUAGUGAUACUAGCUGGAUUUUUAUGUUACAAAUGGAAUGUAUAUUUAUAUAUUUCUCACCUGAACCAGUAUAGUGUUAUAAUAUUUACAUAAUCCAUGUAUGGAUAACAGAGAGAAUAAAUAUACAAAUAAGGCUGUAGGAACAUUCUUGCUACUUGUGUUUAUUUACAGUUAAUUUUGAUAGAAUAAGAAGCAUGAUAGGAAUCCCAAAACGUGCUCAGUAGUGCUUGUAAUGUAGUGACAUGUUGCAUUUUGAUAAAUACAAUGACUACUAGCUUAAGUAAUGUCACAAUAAAGAACAAAGUCAGAUUUUGCUUUAUAAAAAAGGAUAAUUUGCAUAAGUUGUCAACUAAAAUGUAUCUGCAUAUAUGUCAUGGCUAAUGUGUGUCAAUUUGCUAUGAAAAGCUUCUGAAAAUACACGAAUUGUCAACUAAAUAGUGUAAUAUUUUGUUUCCUAAAAUGAAAAAUAAUGUGAAAAUUAUUCCAGUCAUUGGAAUAAGUGUAAAUUAUUAAUGUAAGUAUAGUGGAGGAAGCUCUUCCCAAGGAUUAUAUACUAUAAGGAUAGCUCACUAAGCAUUUGUUUUACCCACAAUGCACUGCGGAUGACAUCACACAUAUACACAAAUGGUGCUGGGCGAGAAACUGGUUCACUUCACUGUGUUCUCACCGCAGCAUGCUCAGUGAAAAUGGUGAUUUGUGCUGUAUAUGGGUGUUACAGUGGCUAUAUAUAAUAUAUAAUAAUGAUAGCUUA